ACAGCUGCUUAGGCAAAAUAUAACCUAAAAAUGAGGUUUCAUAAUUAUCUCAAUAUUUCUGUCUUGUUAUUAUGGAUUAUCAUGGUUGGAUUUGACAGUACAAAUGCAACCAUAUACGCUUUCGACCAAUUCAAUGAGACUGACCAGUUUGCUGAUAUGGAGGCCGGAUUUGGUCCGAGUAUUGAAGACGGGGGUAUGAUCGGUUUACUUGUGCGAGGAGAACCAUAUGACGGAUGUAACCCAAUGAAAUCACCCCCGUUUAGACCCAGUGACAAUCCGGAUAAUAUAAGUAUAUCAUGCUAUGCUUUAAUAACUCGUGGAGGUUGUGAUUUUGGAAUUAAAGUAUAUAACGCACAAAGAGCUGGAUUCCAAGCCGCUAUAGUACAUAACACUAAUUCUGAUACUCUAGUAAGAAUGAGCAGUGGGUAUCCCUCUAUUACAAACGAGCUUACAAUACCUGCAGUCUUUGUCGGAAUAAGUUCAGCUCGGAGAAUGAACACGACUUAUCUUUAUGAUAAACCUGGAACACCGUAUGUGCAAAUUUACGAAGGUUCUUUUAAUCCGUUAGACUAUUAUCUUGUCCCAUUUAUUGUCGUUAUUGGGAUUUGCUUUGUAUCGCUUUUAUGUUUCAUGCUUGUUAAAUGUGUAAGAGAUAGACGCAGAACACGGCGUAGCAGGUUAUCGUUACAGCGUUUGAAGAAAUUACCAGUCAAGAAAUUUGACAAAGGAGAUGAAUAUGAUGUAUGCGCUAUAUGUCUAGAAGAUUAUGAAGAAGGUGAUGUGUUGAGGAUUCUACCUUGUAAGCAUGCGUAUCAUUGUAAAUGUGUAGACCCCUGGUUAACAAGCAAUAGGCGAGUUUGUCCGUUAUGUAAACGUCGUGUCCUCAGCGAUGAUGAAAGUGAUUCCUCAUCGGAUGAAUCAAACGAUACGAGCGACGAUGAACAGACUCCUUUAGUUCGUUCUUCUAUUGCUUCGUCCCCAAAUUCACCAAGAUUUGCGACCGGUUACGGCUCCCGAAAUCCGAUCACUAGGAGGCCUCGUAACCACAGCUUUUCAUCUGAUACUAGCACAGAUAUCACUGAGGUUGCUCCUGUGUUAACCCAUGAUUCCCACUGGAAAGGUUCAAUGCCCGAUUCUAGUGAUACUGAAGUUCCACAGUCGUCGAGGGGUUAUGAACGUCAGCAACUUGUAACGACACAUCAAGAACCUGAUCGUGAUGUCACAAUGGGUCUUAUGAAUCCAGCAAUGGAACCCGACGAUUUACUGACUUCCGCAGAAGCAAUGAUGGCAGGUCCGAGAGUUUCCGAGUCCUCUAUUGCAGUUCUAUCCGACAUAGAACAGUACGGUUCCUCGCUAGGGUCUAGUUCAUAUUGUUCACAAGAUUUCCAUAGUCUCAAUGAAUCUGUUACUAUUUCACGAUCUUCUAUCACCACCGCUACAAAUAUUGACUCCGCCCACCACCACGAGGAAAACGAUGAAACUGCUUCAAUAUCUGGCAACAGUACUGAUCAGGAUGACAUCAUUGUUAUCGCGAAGGGUUCAAAGGUUCCAACUACAUUUGAUGACAAUAGUGAAGUCUGAUUAUAUUAACUCUCUCAUUUUAUUAUUCUCAAAUAUCAGUGUAUAUUGCAAUUUCAUAACAUGAUUUAAUAAUCGAAUACAGCUCAAGAAACUCUGGAUUUGAUAAAAAGGUACUCCUGUAGUAUGUAAACCAAGAUGGUGGACACCGGGACGUGGUAUGUGGGCCAGGUUACGGUUAGGCCAUAAUUUCAGUCACAAAUCCAAAGUAAGUCAUUUGGCUAGUCCCCGAACUCGUAAUAGAACUAAAAUAAGGGAAAUUUGGUAUAUAACAUGGUUCACAACUAUGUUCAGGUGUCCGCCAUCUUGGUUCACUACUGGAGCGUUAAAAAGAAGUUCCAUAUGUGUUAAUAAAGGACGCUGGCAUUGGUUUAGAUCAGUGUUUCUUAACCUAUGGGUCGCGACUAGGGCUGGACAUUUUAAAUCGAAUAGUAAAUUAUUCGAAUCGGUUCAGAGCAAAAUUUCGAAUCGCCGCCAUCUUGUUUUUUUCUUUUUGCCAUUGAUCUAGGUGAA